AUGGAAGAUGCCACCGGCAAUAAGGAUGGAAGGCUUAGAGAUGAAGAGGAUGAAGACGUUCAAGUCGUCGAACCUUCCACCAAAUCAUCCAGAAAGGGAACUGGAACUCGUGAUGAAAAGACGAAGCAGUCUUCAAAAAAGAAGCAGAAUGCUCAAACUGGUGAGCCAUCUGUUGAACCCUCUAUUGAGCAGAUAGAGGAGCAUCAAACUGAAGAGUAUCCAGUCAGUGGUAGUGAAAAGGAACUGGAGCAAUCCACCAAUGCUCAUGCAUGCAUCACGAAAACACCCAGAAAUGUGACGGAAUCUCACAAUAAAAAGGGAAAAAGGUCCUCUAAAAGGAAGGGGAUUGCUCAAACUAAGGAAAGGCAAACUUCUACUCCUUCUGUUGAGCAAGGUGAGAAACAGCAGGCUGCAGAGAAAAAUGCUGGGGAGCAGCAAACUGCUGAACCUUCUACCAAGAAGUCACCAAGGACAAGUUCUGGUGUUCAGAAUACUGUGUCAACCGAUCAACGCAGUGGAAAGAGAAAGCGUCCUGCCAAAGAGCAACCUGAAGCUCAGAUUGUAGAGGAACCUACCCCUUAUCCAAGUUCAUUGAUAAUGAUGCCAAGGAGAGGUUCGAAUGGAUCUCGCAGAAAGGCUUCAUCACUCAGAGGACUAUCAUCCCAUACGAAUUUCGACAAUGAGAAUGCACAUCAAAAGGAGCCUAGAACUAAACCAACUACUGAAACUACUCCAGAGUACCGUGCCUCCAGUUCUCAACCACAGGACAAAGGAAAAACUCCAGCAACUGAAAAAGAAACUGAAGAGGAUGAUGAUGAGGACACUGAAGAGGAAGAAGUGCAUCCUGCUCAGUUUGGCCUAGCAAGGAGGAGGCCUGGAUCGUCAAAGAUUACCAUUUAG